CCGGGGGAAGCUGCCUCAGGAGGUGUCCGCCGCCGGUAGCCUUUCCCGCUGUGGCUAUGGCUGCAGAAGAGGUCUUGGAGACUGUGGAUCGCUAUAAGACCGAGAUCGAGAGGUUGACCAAAGAGCUCACGGAAACAACCCAUGAAAAGAUCCAGGCGGCGGAAUAUGGGCUGGUGGUCUUGGAAGAGAAACUCACCCUGAAGCAGCAGUAUGACGAGCUGGAGGCGGAAUAUGAUGUCCUGAAACAGGAGCUGGAGCAGCUGAGAGAGGCAUUUGGGCAGUCCUUCUCAGUUCACCGCAAAGUCGCUGAAGAUGGUGAGACGCGGGAGGAGACACUCCUCCAGGAGUCGGCAUCAAAGGAAGCCUAUUAUCUGGGGAAGAUCUUGGAAAUGCAGAAUGAGCUGAAACAAAGUAGAGCUGUUGUUACCAAUGUUCACGCAGAGAACGAACGACUAACUGCUAUUGUGCAGGACCUAAAGGAGAAUAAUGAAAUGGUGGAGCUGCAGAGAAUUCGGAUGAAAGAUGAAAUACGAGAAUACAAGUUCAGAGAGGCAAGGCUCCUUCAGGACUAUACAGAACUUGAAGAAGAAAAUAUUACUUUGCAAAAGCUGGUUUCCACCUUGAAACAGAACCAGGUUGAAUACGAAGGGCUGAAACACGAGAUAAAGCGAUUUGAAGAGGAGACCGUGUUGCUUAAUAGCCAGCUAGAAGAUGCCAUUCGGUUAAAGGAGAUUGCUGAACAUCAGCUAGAGGAAGCCCUGGAGACAUUAAAGAAUGAAAGGGAGCAAAAGAACAAUCUGAGGAAGGAGCUUUCCCAGUAUAUCAAUCUCAAUGAUAGCAUGUAUAAUAACCAUAUUAAUAUCUCAGUAGAUGGAUUAAAGUUUGGAGAGGAUGGGAAUGAACCUAACAAUGAUGACAAAAUGAAUGGACACAUUCAUGGACCCCAUGUGAAACUGAACGGUGAUUUUCGGACUCCCACAGUUAGGAAAGGAGAAUCUCUGCAUCCAGUCUCUGAUCUCUUCAGUGAACUCAAUAUCUCUGAAAUGCAGAAACUGAAGCAGCAACUCAUGCAGGUGGAACGUGAGAAAGCUAUUCUCCUGGCUAAUCUUCAGGAGUCCCAAACCCAGCUGGAACACACAAAGGGGGCACUCACCGAACAGCAUGAACGGGUCCACAGGCUCACUGAGCACGUCAAUGCUAUGCGGGGUCUGCAAAGCAAUAAAGAGUUGAAGGAGGUAGACUUUGAGAAAGGUCGAGACUCUGGCGAAGAGACACACGAUUAUGAAGUGGACAUCAACGGCUUAGAGAUUCUAGAGUGCAAGUACAAAGUAGCUGUUACAGAGGUGAUUGACCUGAAAGCUGAAAUAAAGGCCUUAAAGGAGAAAUACAACAAAUGUGUUGAAAACUACACUGAAGAAAAGGCAAAAUAUGAGGGCAGGAUCCAGAUAUAUGAUGAACAGGUGACAAACCUGGAAAAGUCAACUAAGGAAAGCCAUGAGAAAAUGAUGCUGAUGGAAAAGGAGUUGCAAAGGAUUACAGGGGUGGCGAACGAGAACCAUAAUACUCUCAACACAGCCCAGGAUGAGCUGGUGACUUUUAGUGAGGAGCUGGCUCAGCUCUAUCACCAUGUAUGUCUGUGUAACAAUGAAACUCCUAAUAGGGUUAUGCUGGAUUAUUACAGGCAAAGUAGAGUCACUAGGAGUGGGAGCCUAAAGGGACCCGAUGAUCCAAGAGGGCUUCUGUCUCCACGGCUUGCCAGGAGAGGAAUGGCAUCCCCAGCAGAAGCCAGGACACCCACUGAACAGAUAUCAAAAGAGAGCCUAGAAGCCAACAAAGAGCAAAGUCCAACAAAGACACCCACAAUUUCUCCUGUCAUCACAGCCCCUCCUUCCUCCCCGGUUUCUGACACCAGUGACAUUCGCAAAGAGCCAAUGAAUAUUUACAACCUGAAUGCCAUAAUAAGGGACCAAAUCAAGCACUUGCAGAAGGCUGUGGACCGGUCGCUGCAGUUAUCCCGGCAGCGUGCAGCAGCCCGUGAACUGGCACCCAUGAUCGAUAAGGACAAGGAAGGUUUAAUGGAAGAAAUACUGAAACUCAAGUCCCUGUUGAGUACAAAACGAGAGCAGAUAGCAACUCUCAGGGCUGUGCUGAAAGCCAACAAACAGACAGCUGAAGUGGCCCUGGCUAAUCUGAAGAAUAAAUAUGAGAACGAGAAGGCCAUGGUGACAGAAACUAUGACAAAAUUGCGCAAUGAGUUAAAAGCUUUGAAAGAAGAUGCAGCAACCUUCUCAUCCUUGAGAGCCAUGUUUGCAACCAGGUGUGAUGAAUAUGUCACACAACUGGAUGAGAUGCAGAGGCAAUUGGCUGCUGCAGAGGAUGAGAAGAAGACCCUGAACUCUUUGCUGCGGAUGGCUAUCCAGCAAAAACUCGCCCUCACACAACGUCUAGAAGAUUUAGAGUUUGAUCACGAGCAGUCCCGGCGGAGCAAAGGCAAACUUGGAAAGAGCAAGAUCGGCAGCCCUAAAGUAAGUGAGGAGGCAUCAGCCACCGUGCCAACCAUAGACACUUUCCUCCUGCAUAGUCAGGGCCCACAGCAACCAAACAUACUGCUCAGCAGUGGCACUCAGAGGAAAAGACUAUUCUCACCUUCCCCUUGUGAUCAGAGCCAUCCCAGGACUUCAGGGACCUAUCUACUGCCUUUAUUAAGAACCCCCCCUGAUCACACCUUCACAGAAUCAUUUCUUCUGAGGGGCCCCCCCUCCAUGAAUGAAUUCUUCCAUGGGCACCGUCUCAGCAAGGAAAAAAGGUUAACCGUGGCCAUCCCAGAUUGUCAGCAGCCUGCUGCCUCCAUACCGCCACACGGCUCACAACUAGCCAGGAGGCGAGACUGCCCGACUGUCAGUCCUGAUGUAGCUCUUCCAGAAGAACAGCCACAUUCCAGCUCUCAGUGUGCGCCCCUCAGCUGUCUACCUAAACCUCCUCCUUAACCCUUAUCUUCAUAUGCAACCUAAGAGGCAGGGGGCAACUCCAACCAACACAAACUGAGUGGCGGUCUCACAGCAAAAGUGCAGUUUGCUCCAA